AGAAUGAUUACAGUUGAGCCGAACAAUCGAUAGGGAUUCGUCGAAACCGAGAGCGAUGUCGGCAUUGGUCGCAAGAUGGCGAUGGCUAAAACUAUUGAUUAAGGGUAAGCAUGACUGCAAGUGGUUUAGUCAUCCAGCUGAAGAGGUCAUGAUCGUGCAUACUUGGUGAUAAUAUUGAUGACAAGUUUAUUGUUGUACAGCAUUGCCUGAAGUCGGUUUUAAGAAGUUUGAAGACAACUAGAAAUUUCUCAGUGGCACUUAUAUCGAGCAUACGUGAACAUCGCCGACAUGAUUCAGCAUUAUUAUGGAGGUUUCUAAUCAUACCAACUAACCCCAACACUCUCCCGGGUUGCUAAGUUCCCCACAGUUUUAAUUCUUAAUCUCUGGCCAUUAUCAUAUAUUUAUGAGUCUUUUUGGAAUGUGUGUCUUUUUAUCAGGACCAAGGUUCUUUGAGCUAUGUCAAACUACGCCCACAUUGGCAAUUACAAACCACUUUCAUGACGAUGUAUGAUGUACAUGUACUAUCUAAUGUGGUCGAUAAUUAUCAUGGCCUCACUGCGUAAACUAGUCAAAUAAGCGUGUGUCUCCAGACGAAAUAACGAUAAAAUUAUUUAAAAUAUUAUGCAUUUUGGCGAGCUUAUGUAUAUUUUUCACAGGCCUAAUCGGCUAAUCCAGUGUGCUAUAUACAAACUGACGUAAGAACGAACGUUUCGUUAGCGCAGGCGUAAAGUGUGCUUAGCGACCGAGGGACGCCAUUGAAGGUUUGGACAUGGUACAGGACUAGCAGUAGUGGUGUUCCUUCAAAUUCAGACUUGCUGAUGUUUACGUAGGAGUGAGAAUGACAUCUCUUAAGAUCUUACCGCCGCUUGAGCGGGCCCAAGGCCUUCCUGUUGAAUGGGGGACAGGAAACACCAAGCAUUCCGAUAUUUGGCUACCUAAAGGUCCAACUUGGCACACAAGGGACGUUCCCAUCCAGCAGUACUAUGACUUGACCCAACUAAAGAGGAGCAAUAUACGCCUGAACGACCAGCUCGUUCCUCGCCCACAAGAUAUUGCAUUCCAAGAUUCCAUGAUAAACAAAUCCUACCCAGCUGAACACCCUUACAGUUCUCACACACCGAGAAAUGCGGUUUUCCCUAAAUUCGCCGAGUCUCCAGAAGAUCCGAAACGUGGUGUCGACGCCAAAGGAAACUUGCCGAAGGAUCACGAGGUGCCCUCGAAUCCAUAUGACGUCAUUGUGGUGUCCAAAACCAAAGGGAGUGGAAUGCGAAAGGAAAUCGUUAGACUGGUCCCCGAGUCUUUGAAGAAAGGCCUGAGUUGGCCCGGGGACCAGGGGUUCGACCAGAAGGUCAAGACCCAUGGUGGACAGCAACAAUACUACCCAUCUCCACCCAAGACACUGGUGCCCAAUUUAGAGAAGAGGCCGCCCAGCCAACAGAUUGCACCAAAAACCGCCAACACAUUAAGGAACAUCGAGCGUGGCCAAUGGCAGACGACCUAUGAUCUAAAUCAUACCGGCCUCGGCCCUAGUAAUGCUUUAUCACUAGAUAACUUUGAUGAGAAAGUACUGAAACUGAACCAGACGGGCGAGAUUGAUGACAACUUGUACCCGCGUUCGCUCCGCACCUAUGACCCUCCCCAACCCAUCGAAGGGAGGAUAGCGAGGCAGUUAGUUCCUCCUCCGCCAUCCCAGGUCAUCCACGAGCAAAACCAGCAGGCCACACCCAGGAAAAUGACCCAUCGUGAGUUAGAAGAACACCGCCUCUUGAAUGGUCGUGACUACGUCAGUCUUCCUGAAGGUGCUGACAGUCCGGGUAGUAAGCACGAACACGAGCGAUGGCGGGCAAUGGGAGAAGCUUUCCACAGCGACACUGGGCUACAGGCGCUAGCAGAGACGAAGGCGAGGGCCGGAGAACCGGAUGAAAAUCCUAUGAAACAGGUCGGGCCACCCGGAGGGAAAGACAAGAGCUACUUGGAGGAGAUGAAGGAUGCGCAGAAGGAGCGAUUCCAACAGGUCGAGGCAGGGAAUCGCUGGAAGCUUCUCGAAGCGGCCACUCCUAACCAUGAUAUUGAGACUCUAAAUCAUAAGUAUAAGAUCGUUCAUGAGAAGGAGAAGCCUAAGGUAUUCUAUGAGCAUGAGGGGAAAUACAAUGAGGAGAGGGCGGGUCUAUAUAAGACCAGCUACCUACCAGAGAGGCUCACCAAUAGUAUGACUGAACUCGAGAGGAGUGGCCCGGAGAUUAUGAAUACUAUGAACUCACAUGUAGAUGCCAUCAAUUAUCCGACAAGAUUGAACUCGGGGAUGGAUGCCGCUUUGGCAAGUAGUAAAUAUAUUCAGUCGAGUCGUAAUGGCUUGUACGUCUCUGGUAAGCUGUCUCCCACGGAGGUGUUGGAGCCACAUUAUAGGCAAGAGGCCGAGCAAAGGAAACAGUUACACCAGUCGCCGCGGACUGCCAGGGUCAAUGUGGUGGAGAAGAACCUCAUCAACACGGAGAGUGAACACGGACGGAAUUAUAAUCACCCCAAGUAUCUGCAAGAGGAUGAGAUCGACCCAGAAGCUAGGCAGGAGUCCCUUAUGGUGAUGUCACAAGCAAACCAGAACCUCGGCAAUGUCCGCCCCUAUGCAGCCCAGAGACGAGGAGGCAAGACGGUCCAGUUUGCUGAUAACUUGACGGUGGCUACCGGAGCUGGUGCCGAGCCAAUAAGAAUCAGGAGCGCCCCCAUGGGGCUCAGUGUACCAAACCCGGGUGUUAAUGUUGCGGACACGCAGUAUCAAAGCACAGAGGCGCAAUAUGACUGGCGCAAUUCAAGCCUUGUUCAACCAAGAGGAGACCAAGGCCAGGGUUACAUGGAAGACGUCAAGAAGAAUGCCUUUAGCUUUGCUUCAUCAAAGAGUAACCACGAGGGGAAGAAAACAAUUACGUUUGGAGUGGCUACAAAGCGGCGAGGCACAUACGAUGAUGACCGAGACCAGUUUGCUUCCAACUCGACCACCUUCUUUCCUGGGAAAGUGUUGGACGGCGCCUCGGAACAGUUCAACACAGCUUACCAGGCCCAGUUCCCCCACUAUAACAUUGACUAUAAGAACGAUGCCCGAUUCCAGUGGAAAGGUGAUUCAAACACACCAAGGCCUCAAACCAGUCUCUUACAAAUUCAAAAUAGCUUCACAAAGUCAGACGCACAUAAAAAACUGCACCACGUUUUCCCCGAAACCAACGUAGAUUUGAGAGAAAAUAUCAUUGAUGGGCGACAACACGUGUUUGAUAGCUUUGGUCAUCUUAAUGCCCAACAGUUGCGUGGUCAUUGUACUUAGAGUUGAGGAAAGAGUCCGAUUUUACCGUUGGUUAUGAUUUUAGCUUUAAUUGAGCAUGAAGGCAGCCUAAAUACAGUAGAUCCUUUGUCGGAUUGUUGUUCUGCUAGGAAAGAGCAACACAUUGAGGUAGGAACAUGUCUCUUCUCAUGAAAUAUUAGCCCAACUGGCCCGAUGAACUGAGAGCCUUCUCUAAUGAACGGUUUAGCCAACAUCACGUACGUCCCGGCCAACAUUAAUGAGAGGGUAGAACAGUUUUCCAUCCUUCUAAUUAUCCUUAACGGGAAGUUAGAUGUCAAAGAAGGCUUGAAAAUUGAGAUUAGUUUUCCUUUAUUGCUCUACUAGAGCACUGUCAAAGCGGACCUGUGAUAACCUAACUGUGAUGACAGUGAAUAUGUAAUUAUGCAUGUUUCCUUUAACGUUUUUGCUAAAUGUUGAACCCGAGCUGCAUGCAGGUAUUGUGCCGUACGUUUCGCGUGCCUUUUUUUCUGCUGCCUUUGUAACGUUACAAUAAGAGUUGUCACUCUUACAUAGAGCAUUCCUGUCUCUGGUACAUGUAUAUAGUGUUAGUAUUUGUUUACAAGGUUGUAAUAAAUCACAAAAAUAUUCACAAAU